UUUUUAUUUGAAUUUUUAAAAAUUAAUCUAUCUUUUUUAAUUGGAAGAUAAUUACUUUACAAUAUUGUAGUGGCUUUUCAGCUUUUUAAAUAUGUCUUUUAAUGUUCAUGAGAUCUACCUCACGAGAUAAUUGAGAACCUGAAACACCGAGACGUUACUUCUGGACAAGAUUAAAGGCUGUGUCUUUCCCCAGGACAGUAAAGCAUUUCCCCUUUUCCAGGGCUCAAAGUGGGGAAAUAUGAGAUUUGUGAUGCUACCAUCUCACCUGAGUCAGCAAUGCAUCCUCUCUUCUAAUUUUAGGAGCACCAAACCAAUGAUUAGGAGAGAAAAUAUCACAGAGAUCACUCAUUUUAUCCUGUUGGGAUUCUCAGAUUUCCCCAGAAUCAUAGUAGUGCUCUUUGUCGUGUUCCUGGUGAUAUACAUUUUGACCCUGACUUGGAACCUGUCGCUCCUCAUCUUAAUAAGAAUGGACUCCCACCUCCACACCCCCAUGUACUUCUUUCUCAGUAAUCUGUCCUUCAUGGACAUCUGCUACGUGACCUCCACAGCCCCCAAGAUGCUCCAUGACUUCUUCCAGGAGCGUCAAAUUAUCACCUAUGUGGAUUGUGUUAUUCAGAAUUUCGUAUUCUCCACCAUGGGGCUGAGUGAGUCUUGCCUCAUGACUGCCAUGGCUUAUGACCGAUAUGCCGCCAUUUGUAACCCACUCCUCUAUUCAUCAGUCAUGUCGCCCGCUCUCUGCGGUCGGAUGGUGCUGGGAUCCUACUUGGCUGGACUCUCUGCUACUGUAUUCCAAUUGUGUUUCAUGCUCCAGCUCCACUUCUGUGGGCCUAAUGUCAUCAACCACUUCUUCUGUGACCUGCCCCAGCUGUUAGUUCUGUCCUGCACUGACACUUUUUUUGUACAACUCUUUACUGCUUUAUUGACAAUGAUCUUUGGGGUAAUAAAUGUUUCCGUUAUCAUGAUAUCCUAUGUCUACAUUGUCAUCUCCAUCAUGAAGAUCACGACCUCAAGCGGCAGGUCCAAGGCUUUCAACACCUGUGCCUCCCACCUGACAGCAGUCACUCUCUUCUAUACCUCAGGUAUGUUUGUCUAUUUGAGUUCCAGCUCUGGUGGUUCCUCCAGCUUUGACAGAUUUGCGUCAUUCUUCUACACUGUGAUGAUUCCCAUGUUGAAUCCCUUGAUAUACAGUCUGAGGAACCAAGAAAUCAAAGAUGCCUUGAGAAGGUUGCAAAAGAAGAGCAGGUAUUGCUGAGGCCACAGAUUCUGAGAUUUCAGAUGGAUUUUUCCUGUCAGAGUCACCUUACACAAUAACAUUCUUAUGAAUGAAGUAUAACAAAAGUCAUACUGCUUUUGGACCAAGAAAGCUUAAUUUGACACAUAAUAUCCCCAAAUGGAUGAACAGUUGGAUCAUGCUACACAAACAGUAUUUUUACAUCCUAGGGCCUCAUUACUUUCAGCCUACAUGAAAUGAGGCCUCCCCAUCUAUUGAUACAUCCACAAGUAUUUGUGAAACACUGGAGUUUAGUGUUUUGUUGCUUCUUUUUCACUUCUGAGAGGGAGCCCUGUUCCAUCUCGGGCUUCUGACC